UGACUCCAAAGUCAAAAAAUGACCUUGUGACCUUGACUUUGACCUCUAUGCUAAAAAUAGCUUUUUCCAACUUUGCUGUCGCUGGGUGCAUAGUGUUUCACAAACACAUCUUGUAUUUUUUUUUUGUAUUUUUCAGACAGAGGUACAAAAUUUCAAUAUGAUUUGAAAUGGAGUGCUCAUUUUCCCAGUAUGCACCACAUAUUGUUUGUGAUAAGAAUGAAAAUAUCAAACCAUCAGCACGUAUUGUCACUUUGAAUGCCUGCCUUGAUGAUAUUAGCUCACACCUGUCAACAUACAGAAUAAACUCAUCAUCAUUCAGCAAUGAGAGUGAACUAAUUUUGUUAAGGGCAGGGAUUUUUGAAGCUACAUAUGCUGAAAGCCUGACGAUUUGCCCCAACCAUAGAUUUCAUUUAGGGAAAGGAUGGAGAAGUUCAAAACUAUGUAUGAUGCCAUUCCCCUUGCAAACUUGUGGUGGAAAAAGAAAACCAGAACGUGCUUCUGUAACUUUACACCAAUCUAAGCAUGUUUUGCAAGAAUUUGGAAUAUUUAUUCCUGUUGGAGCAGGACUAUGUCGACAAUGCAGAAGCAAAAUUGUGGAUUCAGUCAAGAAGGAAAAUGGGCCUUUGUGUUUAUCGCACAGUGCUUCACCGUUCAGCAAUUAUUUACUAACAUCAGGAAAAGAAAACACUGUUGUACAAGACACAAUUAAAGAAGAUGGAGGCUCAUCUGUAAAUCAAGAUCUCACAGUUCAUAGGAUACCUUCCAGCAGGUCUUCACAAUCAUCUGAUGGUGUAAAUCCAAGCACAAAUACAGAUGAUUUUGAUCAGAUUACAAGUACGCAAGUGUCCAUUAAUUCACAAGGCAGUCUCUGGUUACCAAGCAGUCAAGAUACAUAUGAAGAAGAGGAGGGAGGUGAUCACCUAGAAAACAUUAAUAACAAGAGGAAAGCUCUAGACACUUUCCUGCAAAGUUGUGGCCUAAGUCCAGUGAAGAAGCAACUCAGAACAGAUUGGAAUGAAGCAUCUGACCGUACAAAAAAUGAUUAUAUAUCAUCAGCUAAAUCAAUUUUUCAAGAGGUUGUGAAUGUCCUUGCACCAGGUCAAGGCUCUCUUCUGCUGGAUGCUUUAUUGAAGACUGCUUCAGAUUCUGCUGACACGAACAUACUGCAAUUUCUUUCAAAAGCCUAUAACCUAUCUACUGACUGGGGAACACAGAGACAAAUUUUGUCAUUAUUUGCUCAUGCCUAUACUUACAAUCAGUUGAUUGCCUUUAUUCCAACUCUUACCAAAUACAGAUAUACAGCAGCAAGAAAACAUGCCAUUACAAGGGGUGUUGGACAGCAAGUGCAAAGUUCAUCAUAUACUAGGGAAGGUUUGUCUGAUCACCAGAUCAAACAUUUUAUAGAUUUUGUCAUGUCCCCUUGUAUCAUGACAGAUUCUCCAUUUUUGGAAACUAAGUUAAAACUUUCAAGUGGUGAAGUCUUUCAAGUUCCACAAAUUAUUUUGAAUAGUGUAAGAGCUCGUGUAGUGGAGCAGUACAGGAGCUUCUGCUUUGAGUCUGAAGUAGAAAAUGUUGCCAGUGACAGGUCAUAUAUGAGAGUACUAGAGGCUAUUGAGCCAAAAGUAAGGAAAAGCAUGAAAGGGCUAGAUAACUUUGCUGCAGAUGGAGCAAGAGCUAUUGAUGACCUAAAGAAAAUUGUUACUGAGUUGGGAAGGCUAUUGAAAGGAGUGGAGUGGGCAGAUGACAUCGUUCAGAAACUGGCAAAUGGGAAACAGUAUCUUAAACUUGAUUAUAAGAUGCAUGUUGCAGUUGAGUCGGAAAUUCCUGACCAUUGUUCAUAUUAUGCCCUGUCUUCAAAAGCUUAUGAACAUCAGGUGACUUGCAGCCAUCCCCACAACCAAAUCUGUUCUAGCUGUCACAGUUUAACUAACACCAUAGAGCAGAUAAAAAAUGCCGCAGAUGAAGCACAGUUUGAGGAUGAAGACCAACGUGAUAACAUCCAGUACACAUUGGCACAGAGUGUAAAAGCUUUAGAAGAAUGGAAAAAACAUAUAUUACGAUCAGUCAACCAAGAUAGAGCAAGAUCUGACAUAUUGGAAAACAUAGGUGAAGAUCAAGUACUAUUAGAAAGAGACUGGGCCAUGAAAUUUUUGCCAAUGAUGUAUAGAGAAUCACAGUCAAAAUGGUUUGGAAAAAGAGGCCUCAACUGGCAUAUAACAGUGGGAACCUUCAAGGUCAAUGAGGAUCUACAUAGUCACACAAUUGUCCAUGUCUUCGACAAUGCGAAUCAAGAUGCUACUACAUCAAAUUCCAUUUUAAAAGAUUCAGUGGAGAGACUUCAAGAGAAGAAUUCAAAGUUGAAAGAAGUAUUUAUCAGAUCUGAUAAUGCAGGGUGUUUUCACAGUGUAGAAGGAGUAUUUGGCAUACCUUGUUUGAACAUAACAAGUGAGUUAAAAAUUGUCCAAAUGGACUUCGCUGAUCCACAGGGAGGCAAAAGCAUAUGUGAUCGUAGAGCUGCGCAUAUUAAAGGAUCCAUCAGAAAAUAUGUUGACGAAGGAAAUAAUGUCACAACUGCAAGAGAGUUCCUUGAUGCUGUCAUGAAUUCCAACAUAAAGAAUGUUGAAGUGGUUUAUGCAUUGCCUCCAAGUUCUGGUGCUGAGAAAAAGAAUUUAAAAAUUAAAGAUAUUUCAUUGCUGAAUAAUUUCAGAUAUGGUCAUAGUCAUGUAACAUGCCACAGGCAAUACCGUAUUGGCAGAGGUGUGGAGUUUAUGAAUGAAGAAGUGGUUUUAUAUAACACCUUUCCAUCCAUUGAGACCAUGACCUCCUGCUCCACAAGCACUUUUGUGAAACCUUGUGAACCAUGUGAACCAGGUCAAUCAGUUGUUAUUGAUCAUGCUCAGCAAAUACCUGUAGAUGCAGAAAAUACACAAACCAUUGUGGAGGAUUGUAAUGAAAAUGCAGAAAAUACACAAACCCUUGUGGAGGAAUGUAAUGAAAGUUCUUUAAUUUUCACUUGUCCUGAACCCAAUUGCCUCAUGUCAUUCCAAAAAUAUGGAUAUUUGAGCAAACAUUUAGACAGAGGAAAUCAUAAAACAAAAACACAUGUGAAUUCACUUUCUGAUAAGGCAAAAAAGGAGUUUGUGGAUCAAAUUGAAACAAAGAGAUCAACAUUGCUUCAAAAGUCAUCGACCACCUUACCAUCGGAUAAUAUAAUAUUAGAGAGAGGAUGGGCCUUGAAAUCCAAACGAAUAGCUAGAAGAUUUUCAAAGGAACAAACAAAUUUCCUGAGAGAAAUGUUUGAGAAGGGUGAAGUUACUGGUUAUAAGUGUGAUGCAGAAGAGGUGUCUGUGAAAAUGAGAACAGUCAAGGAUAAUGAUGGCAAAAGAAGAUUCUGUCAGCAAGAAUUCUUAUCAUCAGCUCAAAUUGCCAGCUACUUCAGUAGACUGUCCUUAGAGAAGAGAAAGAUUUCACUGAGUUCAUAUGAAGAAGAAGAUCUUGUUGCAGAAGAUUUUGAAAAUAAUGCCAUGGAAAUCAGAAAUCUUGCUACCAGUGCAAAAUGACGCGUUGCAAGCUGUUAGUCUACAGAGACUGAGAAGCUUUGGUGACCUAUUUACAUAGGUAUCUGAAUUAAGUAUACCUACUUGCAAGAUUGUUGCUUCCAUUUUUUAAAAUAAUAAUACCUGCAUAUAUAACAAAUUACCAGAAAUUAGUUAAGCCAUGCACUGUUGUAGUUUUAGACAAUACCAGAAGGUUAUUUUAUUGACUUAGUUGGAACCAAUUAAAAUAUUCAUACUGUAUGUAUCACAAAUACAGUAGGUAUGUUGAGAAGUGGAAUAACCUGUAUGUCAACAUUCAUGAUGUUUUUGUUAAUUUUCAGGUACUUAUGUAUUUACAAUGAAUUUAUUGUAAUUUUUUUUUUAAUUGGUUUUAAUCUAAGAAAAAAAUUUCAUUUCUCUAGUAUGUCAGCAUGUGCUGGUUUGAACUACAAUAUCCAUUCAUAAUGCUCUGUGCAUUGUUUAAGUACCUUUGUUUUUUCAAAGAAUAUUUUGUAAUGUAUUUCUAUUUAUAAAAGCCUCAAGAAAAGCAUUUGUCAGUGUAUAUGUGCUUAUAAUUAUUGACCAACUAGUACAACUAGUACAUUGUACAAAGUUACAAACAAGUCUAAUGAUAUGACCAUCUAGUAUAUGUAUUUAUAGGCCAUUUAGAAAUGUCUGAAUUAAAGUCAUAAGAAUAUAUUUUCAAGAAAAAAUACUUGCAUUUCACAAGGUAGGUCCCGUUAACAAAUACUUGGAUGUCUUGAACUUUAUUUCCAAAAGAUGUUGAAGUUUAUUUCCAAAUAAAUUAUUUCAUUUUCCAUUGUCAGAUAAAGGUUACAAUGGGUUUGUUGUUGAAGUUCAAAAUGAAUGAAAAAUGAGUCAUCUUUUGUUCUUUAAUUGAAAAUUUCCAAAUUUUUUAAACACUAUUUUGUUUAAAUUUAAUAACCAUAAAUUCCUGACUUUUACAUGUUAUGUUAAAUACACUAGGAAACUUUUGCUAUGGUAUGUUUUUAAUUUUUGUAGAUUUUGGUGUGUACAUGGAUCUAAUUUAAGAUUUUUGCUUUAAUCUUUUAUGCACACUUAAUUAAGUUUUAAUAUGAACAAAACAAUUUAAAUUUAGAAAUAACCUCAUUCAUACUCAGUGUUGCUAUGGUGAGAUAUAUAUUGCUAAGGAAAAAUAUGAUUUUUUUUAAGAAUAUUAAAUUGGUGUGAAAUGUAAUCAACUUAUCUAUUAAAAAUUUGUAUAAACAAUUUUUAAACGAGUAUGAAGUUUAUUAAAUGAAAAAAUAGAUCAAUUUCUGUCUUAACACUAUACUGUUGCUAUGAUCUGAUUAUAGUGGUUGCUAGACCAUUUUCAAUUUGGUUAUGCUGUAUUGUUUUUGUUAUCAAAUUCUUUUAAUUUUAUUGGAUACCUAUCAAUUUUAAAGAUAACCACUCUCCUAAUAAUUAAAUUUUAGCAAAAUAUUCGAGAGAUUUCACUAAUUUGUUACGACACCUUUCACCAUCCAUACUCCUUUCCAUAAAGUUAGUGGAAGAGUGUCCUUAAAUUUGUUUCUUAGUUUUAUAUAUAACUAUGGUAGAUCAAAAUCUCAGACCAAAAAUUACAUAUAUAUUGCAUCUAAGGAUGCACACUAUUAGAUUAUCCAUUUGAAUUCCCAUAUCUAUUCCUUAGGAAUAUCAUCAAUUAUUGAAUAGUUUUUAUUGAUAAUUCAUGAAUAACAAAAUGUCUAUUCAGCUCUGUUGCUAUGGACCUCAUUUGGUUGCUAUGCACAGAAUAUGAUCAAUGUAUAAAUUUUAGUUUAUAUAAAUAUUUUUUUAAAGAAAAAAAGGUUUUUCAAUCAAUUUAUACUUAUAAUACAUGUUCUCCUCCAUUUUUUUUUGACAUGAUGUUUCGAAAAUGUCUUGGUUGCUAUGCAGUAAAUUUGGUUGCUAUGGGCACAUUACAGGAUUUUUAUCCCAAAAUUUCACUAUAUUUAUUAAGGAUGCAAAAGUAUGAUAGCUUUUAUACAUAUAAUUGUAUCAAUUUGGAAGAAAUUUAAAAUUUUCCUAAAAUAUUGGAAGUGAAUUUUAAGCAUUCUUUAAAGAAUUUAAACAUGAAAUUAAACAGUUUUCCCACAAAAGUAGUAAAAAUGCUUCUCAAUUUUUUAUGUCAGUCUUGAAGAUCAACAUGUAUUGUGCAAGAAUAAAAUUCAUUUAAAUGCUGAACCUGUUGUAGAUUUUAUAUAUAUUAGUUUUAACUUGACAGGUAAAUAUUUAAAUUUUCACAUUGUUCAACUAUAUAGUAUUUGUGUUGCCAUGGCAACAGAUGCAUGGGUAUUUAGAUUUGCUUUGAAACUUUUUUGUACACUACAUAUCUUUAAUAGUUUGCAUAAAGUUUGUUGUGGGUGAUAUCAGUAUUCUUUCUGUAAAAAUAUUCUUCCAAAAAAGUUAAAAUUUAAGCUUUUUUCCUUCACUUACGGUGGUUUCCAUGGCAACACAUAAGAAGGUAGAUAAAUUAUAGUUUUGUUGGUCAAACAUCAUUUUCAUAUAUGUGAAAGUUGUGUACAAUGAACACUUUUUACAACCAAUAUAAGAAAACAGGAGGUAAAAAUUUUAAGUUUCCAUCUGAAGCUUGAUGAUU